ACACAGUGCUCUUUCGGGAAUGCAUUACCUCCCUUUCUACUUCCUAGAUAGUGACAGAGAGACAAAGAUAGCGUAAAAAGACACCAUUUUUAACUGAGGAUCGCUGAACAACCUACGACACACACACCUGCGGACAUACUCAUUAUACAAACAUGCAGUUGAGGAUUCCUUUAGUCUGUCACCACCUCUGCCUCCUCUGUGACUCUUGGUCAUGGCUGUAGUCAUUUGGGGAGUCACUGUGCUGUGGGUGAGGAACUCUGCAGUACCACAGUGGAAUACAGGCAUGUCUCUGGGGCUGGACAAAGACGCAUCAGGCAAUGUGUUCUUCUAAUCCUGGACACUUGAACUUAACAGUUGAACUCACAAACCAGGGACUCUGAAUCAUUUUUCGGCUGCAGGAUUUUUCCUUGGAAAAAUAGUCUACUUUGAAAAUGUCUAAAAGUCAGAUUCAUCUCAAUGCUCCACUGGUGACAGUGGGACCGUGGAGGAGACACCGCGAAACCACAGAUUUAUUUGAAAUGAUUGAGAAGAUGCAGGGCAACAGAAUGGAGGAGCAGCGAUACACCUUUCCUCCCCCACUCAAAACUGAAGAGGACUACAUUCCUUACCCCAGUGUCCAUGAGGUGUUGGGGAGAAAGAGUGGGUUCCCACUGAUUCUGCUGCCUCAGUUUGGGGGUUACUGGAUCGAGGGCAACAACCAUGAGCUUGGUGACAGUGCUGAGCCAGACCAGAUCCAGCCUCUGUCCCCCACCACACACAAGCUGGAGAGUAACUCCACCGCCAAGAUGUACAGGAAGCACUUUCUGGGCAAGGAGCACUUGAAUUACUACUCAGUGGACGGAACUCUGGGACAUCUGGUGUUGUCCAUGAAGUAUGACGAGAUCGGAGACCAGGAAGACCUCCGCCUCAUGCUCAGGACCAAACUGGAGACAUACCAUGAUGUUAUCCCCAUAUCCUGUCUCACAGAGUUCCCUAACGUGGUGCAGAUGGCCAAGCUUGUCUGUGAAGAGGUGAAUGUGGAUCGUUUUUACCCUGUCCUUUACCCAAAAGCUUCAAGACUCAUUGUCAAUUUUGAUGAACACAUUAUAAGCAACAACUUCAAGUUCGGAGUCAUCUACCAGACAUUUGGACAGACAUCAGAAGAAGAGCUGUUUGGGAACAGUGUUGAGAGUCCUGCCUUUGUUGAAUUCCUAGAGUUUCUGGGGGAGAAGGUCGAGCUGUAUGACUUCAAAGGGUUUCGUGGUGGGUUGGAUGUGACCCACGGGCAGACAGGAUCUGAGUCCGUCUACCACAACUACCGCAACAAGGAGGUCAUGUUUCAUGUGUCCACCAAGCUGCCUUACACUGAGGGGGACACACAACAGUUGCAGAGGAAGAGGCACAUAGGGAAUGACAUUGUGGCCAUAGUGUUCCAGGAGGAAAGCACUCCGUUCGUACCAGAUAUGAUCGCCUCCAACUUCCUCCAUUCCUACGUAGUGGUGCAGGUGGAGAACGCCUGCACUGGUGAUGUACUGUACAAGGUGUCAGUGACGGCGAGAAAUGACGUACCUUUCUUUGGACCACCCCUGCCAGACCCGGCUGUCUUUAGAAAAGGUCCAGAAUUCCAGGAGUUCCUCUUCACGAAGCUCAUCAAUGCUGAGUAUGCCUGCUAUAAAGCUGAGAAAUUUGCCAAACUGAAGGAGCGCACACGGUCAGCCUUACUGGAGACAUUGUAUGAGGACUUGCACAUCAACAGCCAGGCCAUGAUGGGUCUGGGAAGAGAUGAGGACAAGAUGGAGAACGGGUCCGGAGGAGGAGGGGGCUUCUUUGAAACCUUUAAGUCAUUGCUUGUCCCAGGGAAAAGUCCCGGUAAACAUGGACGUCGAGGCAGUGCCAUAGGGAUAGGAACAGUAGAAGAGUCUCUGAUCAUCCCUGGGAAGAGUCCAACCAGGAAAAAGUCUGGUCCCUUUAGCUCCAGACGUAGCAGUGCCAUCGGUAUUGAGAAUAUCCAGGAAGUCCACCAGAAAAUCAGCAGCCACAGCGGUAGGGAGUGUUUACCUGGCACACAGAAGACUCCUGACAGUGACCAUGCCUCUCAGGAUCCCAAGUCUGAGAACUCCUCCAAUCAAAGCUCACCAGAAGUGCUCAUUACAAAGAACAUUUUUGCUCUUUGUAACAACAGGGCUCAGUCUAUCCCUGAGGGUCACGACCUUUCCCGCUCCUCCUCCAAUGACAGCAGCUUCGCCAGUGUGGUGGAGGAGAACGAGACCGAGGCCACGGACGACUAUGACACUGGCAUGGAGAGCCUGUCAUCAUCGGGGACGCCACACAAGCAGGACUCGUUAACCUACAGCACAUGGCUAGAGGACAGUAUGAGCAGCACAAGCACCACCAGCCGAGGCAGCUCGCCAGGUCCUGGUCAACUUGAUGGGGGUAAAGGGUCAGAGAUCCGCAUUAAACUGGACCGGCCAAAAGAUAGUCGGUCCUCAUCGCAUACCCAUAAGACACAAUCCUUCUGGGAGGUGAGACGAGCACAGGCUUUCACCGUAACCAAGGAUGACGAUGAGGAUGAGGUGGACCCUGGAUAGUCUGCUAGUCAGUGAGGCCAGACCACCCCUUCCCAGAAGCCCCGGCGGUGGUGUUGGUGGUGUCGUACCAGGAGAGGAAGUCAAACACAGAGGGGCCAACUUUUGCACAGUGUCGUUUCGUUCUGCUCACUCCCUCGCCUCUGUCUGUACACACAUCUUCUGCCUGGUUUUGUGUAAAUAGGUGUAUUUGUCUCAGUGAACAAAUGGUACCUUUGGUUCAGUUUUGUUGACGCCUACUGUAUGUAGACACGUGGAUCACAUGGUAGCUAUAGCGACAUUGAACUCUGCCAGAGACUUUGGGAGGGGCAUGUUGGUAUAGUCAUAUGGAUUGUACAAUAUAGUGACAGUAGCACUGCCUGAAAAAAAUCUAUUAAUUUAACCUAUUUCAUUCCAAAUA